CGGCGGGGGGCGGGCUCUGUCGCCCGGCUGGGCGGGGGCGCUGUGAGUUGGCUCCGCGGCGAUGAGCGGCGGUGGCGGCCCGAGGCAGCGGGGGGGCGGCUCGGCCGAGCGGCCCCCCCCGGGCAGGCGGCGGGAAGAGCUGCUCGGGUCGAAGAGGAAACAGAAGCUGCUGUUAAUCCACCAGGCCCUAACGAGCGACCCUGUGGCCGUGGAGACCCUCCGGGGGGCAGCGGUGAGCGAGGGGGGGCUGCUCACCGAUGAGAUCCGCAGGAAGGUCUGGCCGAAGCUGCUUAGCGUCAAUGUGUACAACCUGCCUCCCAAGCCAGGCAGGGCUGUCCGCCAGAACCACAAGGACUACACCCAAGUGCAGCUGGACGUGAACCGCUCCACACGCCGCUUCCCCCAAGGCAUGCGGGCCGAGCAGCGCCAGGUCCUGCAGGAGCAACUCAUCGACCUCAUCCUGCACAUCCUGAGGGCGCACCCCGAGCUGCACUACUACCAGGGCUACCACGACAUCGCCGUUACGCUCCUGCUGGUGGCGGGCGAGCGCAUGGGCAGCGCGCUGCUGGAGAAACUCUCCACCCACCAUCUCAGGGACUUCAUGGACCCCACAAUGGACAGCACCAAGCACAUCCUGAACUAUCUCAUGCCCAUCCUGCAGCGGGAGAGCCUCCGCCUCCAUGACUUCAUGCUGAGAGCGGAGGUGGGGACCAUCUUUGCCCUGAGCUGGCUCAUCACGUGGUACGGCCACGUCCUCACCAGCUUCCCCCACAUCCUGCGCCUCUACGACUUCUUCCUGGCCUCGCACCCACUCAUGCCUGUCUACUUUGCUGCCGUGAUCGUCGUGCACCGGGAGGAGGAGGUGCUGGCGUGUGACUGCGACAUGCCCAGCGUCCACCAGCUUCUGUCCCAAAUCCCCCAGAACCUUCCGUACGAGAGCCUCAUCUCCCGGGCCCUCAGGCUCUUCCAGCGUCACCCGCAUGCCGAGCUGGCAAAGCAGGCGGCUCUGCAGCACCACAAGAGCAUCUCCAUAGGCUCCUUCACUGCCUUCCAGCUGGCCACCUCCCACCAGCGCCCGGACGCCGUGCUGCGCAGACAGCGGCAGCAGGACAGCGCCCACGCCGAAGCCACUGCUCUCCUGCCCACGGCCGGGCACAGCCCGCUGGUGAAAGCAGCUGUGUGGGGGAUUUCAGCCACGCUGGGGGCAGCGGCUCUGGCCGUCACACAGACUGCCCUGGAGUGGGCACCGGAGUUCUUACUGCAGCUCUUCUAGCGCCCGGCAAGCCAGCCAGGACCCUGCGGCCGGCGCGUGCCCCGCGCCACGGAGCCACAGCCCUCGUGCCUCCUCCGACUUAAUUUAUUGGACUGUCAAAGGCUGGACAGCCGAGCUCAGCCAGGCUGCGCCCAGCUCAGAGCGGCCAGUAGCCAAAGCACUAGCCACAGUGGCACCGAACUGGGACAGACCUUUCCUGCUGCUGCCUGAGCCACUCAUGGCCUGGAGGGGGCAGGGCUGGGCUUACACCCCGGGCGAGAGCCGGGACUCGAACGCUGGGUCUCUCCCAUGGCUGGGGCAGGCCCCACCCUGGCUCUCAGGUGGAAGCAUAGAACGGUGACCGCGGGGCACUUUCAGGGGAACAGAGCACUAAUCCCCAGCCCCCCCGAUGGCCCCAGAGAGCUUUCCUAGGUCCCUUUCCCCAGCCUCUGCCCCGUGGGGCUGUGCUCCUGCAGGCCGUCCUGCUGCACAGGGGGCAGGUGUUUGCUAAGCACCAGCUGCCUGCGUGUUUGUGCACAGGACCUAGGAAGAGAGCCGCCCCCACCCGGAGGGGCCAGGCAGGAUGGUGUGAGCGGCUGGGGGCUCCGCGGGAAGCGCUGUCCCAGCAGAAGGGGGGGGGGCGCGCUGCAGGCCGGGGCAGCGUGCCAGGAAUGGCAGAAGGCGGGGCUCACUGGAGUGAGGGCGCACAGGCUGCAGGCAUGAGCAGAGCCUGGAAAGCAGUGAGGAAGGGCGCCCUGUGCAGGCUGUGCCAGGGGCGAGAGGCCUCGCCUAGAUCGCUGCUUCUCUCCUGCCUGUGUAGCACCCAGGGUCCUCCUGGCAUCUCCUCUGUACCCGUCCUCUGCUCUCGCCUCGGCCCUGCCAGCCCGGCCCCUCAGCCCAGGAUGGAGAGACGCCGGGCCCAGAGUCUGGGACAGGCCCUUUUCUCAGGGCUUCAACUUUAUUUCUUCCACGUAAAGCCAGUGCAGCCCAUCAGCCGUCCCUUCCCCCAGCACCGGGAAAGCAGCCAGUGGUGCCUGCCUCCCCCUGCGAGUCCCAAGAGGUGGUAGCAGCAAAUGGGGUCAGCUGGGCUCCCCCCGCUGCAGGGGGGGCAGGCUGCUGCCUGGGAAAGGCACAGCCCCCGGAGCACUGGGUACGGGUGUGAAUAAAGUGCGUGAGCCUGG